AUGAGCGGUCCAACAGCAGAAGAAAUUGCCAAGGCGAUGACGGAGGCAGUCGAGUUGAACGACCGCCUGAAGGCAAGGUUCAAUGCGACUGUUGCUUUUUCCGUGGACGGUUCCGAUCCCUUCAUCCUGAAGUGUACCAAGAGUGGUAAAUCUUCAGAAAAGCCAGAUUUACAAGUCAAGACUUCCUUGGAUGUUCUUCAGGCUCUGUUGGCCAAGAAGAUCACACCCCAACAGGCUUUCAUGAAAGGCAAGCUCAAGAUCAAGGGCAACAUGGGGCUGGCCAUGAAGUUGCAGUUGGUUCUCGAUGCGACAAGAAAGCACAUGGGCUCUCAAACAGCACGUCUAUAG